UGUAGAGAAAGAGAGAAAACUACACCUCCCAUAAUGCCCUAUCACGGGUCUUAUUUCCGGUCCUGCGCGGUUUCUGGAGCGGAUUGGAACCCGGAGUCAGGAUUCACUAAAUGUGUAGACGUUUGGAAAACAGGGUGUCAGGAUGGCCGAGCAGACACCAGAUGAGUUUAUUUGGUGUGAGGACUGUGGGCAGUAUCAUGACUCUGAAUGUCCUGAACUGGGGCCUGUCGUCACAGUGAGGGACUCGUUUGUUUUGAGUCGGGCACGGUCGUCUUUACCAGACAGCUUGGAGAUCAGGUUAGCUGAGGAGGGUAAGGAAGGUGUGUUUGUGCUUCGGCGGUUGGUCAGGAGGACUCGAUUUGGCCCAUUUGAGGCCACGAGGACUUCAAGCCUUCAGACUGAGGGGGCUUUUCCUUUAAAGAUAUUCCAGAAGGACGGCUCAGUGGUGUGCUUUGACACGUCCAAUGAAGACGACUGUAACUGGAUGAUGUUGGUUCGGCCUGCCACAGACCACAAACACCAGAACCUGACAGCCUACCAGCAAGAUGAUGAUGUUUAUUUUAAUACGUCGCAGGAUGUUCUACCUGGGACAGAGUUGAGAGUCUGGUAUGGAGCGUUUUAUGCCAAAAAAAUGGAUCGGCCUGUACUUAGGCCACCUUUACUUCCACCCCAACCAGAAUUGCCAUCCAACAAACCUGGAGACUCUCCAAUGAAGGCACCACCACCAGAGAACCUUCCUGUCCCAGACCAGCUGCUCUGCCAAACUCCAGCACCAGCUGAAGACCCACCUGUCCCGCAGGUUACAGAGGCACUAUCCCAAAACAAUACUGCCAUAAUUGCUCCGAUUCAACCAGAGCCAGCCAAAAAGCAAAGCAGACCAAGACGGACAAAAACACAGAAAUCUGUGCCAAGUGGAGCAGCUAAUUCUGCUCAAGAAGCUCCUGUUGCCGAGUCCAAUGAGCAGCCUCUCAGUACUGUGGCUCCUGAUGUCCCUCUUUCUGUGCUGGACGUCCAGGAGGUCAUGGUUAGUGUAGACCCUCUGCCACUCAAAACAUCCCGCUUGACACGCUCCCCCAUCUCAUCUGGAAAACCUAUUCUGAGAAAGCGAACUCUUCGUCCGGGUGGUGAUCAUAAAAGAGUUUACCAGUGCUGCCUCUGCAAUAAAGUGUUUCAGAACAGCAGUAACCUCAACCGACACAUCCGCUCCCAUGGAGACAAGUGUUUUAAGUGUGACGAGUGCGACAAGAUGUUCAGUCGAAAAGAGAGUCUUAAACAGCACAUAUCCUAUAAACACAGCAAGAAUGAGCCUGACAUUGAGUAUAGAUACAAAUGUUCAACCUGUGAGAAAUCCUUCCGAGUGGAAAAUGCCUUAAGAUUUCAUAACUGCAGGACAGAUGACAAAACGUUCCAGUGUGAGAUUUGCUCCAGGUUUUUCUCCACUAACAGUAACUUGUCCAAACACAAAAAGAAACACGGAGAGAAGCUGUACGCCUGUGAAAUCUGCAAUAAGAUGUUUUACCGCAAAGACGUCAUGCAGGACCACCAGAGGCGACAUGUCGUUGGCCCGAAGAACUUGAAACGUGAGGAGCUUGAAGUCAACGGUGAGGAGGGAAGCAAAUACAGAAAGGAGCCUUCAGCGUGUCCUAUUUGUGGAAAGGUGUUUUCAUGUCGGAGUAAUAUGAACAAACAUUUACUGACCCACGGGGACAAGAAAUACACCUGUGAGAUCUGUGGUCGCAAGUUCUUCCGUGUGGACGUCCUGAGAGAUCACAUCCACGUGCACUUUAAGGACAUCGCCCUAAUGGAUGAGCAGGAGCGAGAGGACUUCAUUAAGAAGAUUGGCAUCUCUAUGGAGGAGAGCGACGACAGCUCUGAUGAGGAAGAUGAGAAGAACGAUCCCGAACAUCACAAAUACAGCUGCAAGAAAUGUCAGGUGACAUUCGCCAAGGGCCGUGAUUACUUGAAACACAUAAUGGAAAUGCAUAAGGAAAAAGGUUACAACUGCACGAUGUGUAAUCGCCGCUUUGCUCUGAAAGCCACAUACAACGCUCAUCUAGUUAUUCACCGAGACCACCUGCCUGAUCCUGCAGUGCAGAAAUAUAUUCAUCCAUGUGAAAUGUGUGGACGGAUCUUUAACAGCAUCGGGAACCUGGACAGGCACAAAAUCAUCCACACAGGUGUGAAGAGCCAUUGCUGUGAACAGUGUGGAAAGUCGUUUGCCAGGAAAGACAUGCUGAAGGAGCAUCUGAGAGUUCAUGAUAACGUCAGAGACUUUCUGUGUGCAGAAUGUGGAAAAGGUAUGAAGACAAAACAUGCUCUACGGCAUCAUAUGAAGCUGCACAAGGGAAUCAAAGAAUACGAAUGUAAAGAGUGUAACCGCAAAUUCGCCCAAAAGGUCAACAUGCUGAAGCAUUAUAAAAGACACACAGGCACAAAGGACUUCAUGUGUGAACUGUGCGGGAAGACGUUUAGCGAGAGAAACACAAUGGAGACGCACAAGCUUAUUCAUACAGUUGGAAAGACGUUUUCAUGCUCCGUGUGUGACAAGAAGUACGUGACGCAGUACAUGCUUCAGAAACACACACAGUUGACCCAUGAGAAGGUGGAAGCUCAGAGCUGCCAUCUGUGCGGCACCAAAGUCUCCACACGGGCCUCCAUGAACCGCCACAUGCGCCGAAAACAUCCCGAGAUCGUGGCGGUACGAUUGAGUGAAUUUGAUAUUUCAGAACCAUCAACAGUCGACGCCUCCACCAUCAGUAUUGCACAGCCUCCUCUGACUCUGGACAAAAGCUCUCUUACUGAAAAAGUCUCCAGGAACUCCAAGAAGAGGGCAAAACUCCUUCCUCAUGAGCCCGAGCUGUCAGAUUCAGACGAGUACAGCGACUUCACCAGCAAAAACACUGAGUUUCCUGCUGCUGUGGGAGAUGAAACCAACUCUGCCGUACAGAGCAUUCAGCAGGUGGUAGUGUUGACCGACCCCAGCGCCCCUCCGGUGUCUUCCAGUUCAGUCAAUUUAACCAACAUCACCGUGACCCCCAUCACAACCCCUGCUCCUGCCCAGUUUAGUAACCUGCAGCCGGUGGCUGUCAGUCACCUUACUCCAUCUGACCGGCCGCUCACUCUAGACAGCUCCAUCCUCACUGUGACCUUUGACACUGUCAGCGGCUCAGCCAUGCUGCACAACCGGCCGCCAGAUCUCCAGUCCGAGGCUGUGGGCACGGUGGGGGCCACGGCUCCACAAUCGGUUGCACAUUUUAUCAACCUCACCACCUUCGUCAACCCCCUUCCCCAUCAGCUGGAGCAGCCUGCUUUAACCUGGCGGCCCGUGGCAGCCGAUGGAGCUCACACCGCCAGCAUAGAUGACCCUCAGACAGACACAGCGGCCCCUCAAGGGCCUUCGGAUCAGCCACAAACACUCCCAGAACAAAGACAUCAGAUUCAGACGCAAGUCACAGGACCUGCUCAACAGCAGACCACCGCUGCGCCACAGAUGUUCAGCUACUGAGACUUGAAGAUUUAUUAGAGCUAAGGUCAGAUUUUUGGAAGUUAAUUUGGACCAAUGUGAUCGUAAUCAAGCACUUCUGUUUGUUAAAGGAACACUCCACUUUUUUGGAAAAUAACAUGUCCUCUAAAAAAAC